AUGCAGCCUCCAUCCGCCAACGCCGAUCGCAAUAAGCCUCUGGAAUAUAUACACGAGCAAUUCUACUCGGUCAUUGACGAGCCUAGUUCAUCGCCUCUAUACGACCUUGCAUUGUGCUAUGCUGUCUACUUCGCAUCAUUAGUGAGUCUGGAUGGCGCCGAGGCUCGCGCAAUCUUGGGUCGCGAUAAGGCCUCACAACUACUAGACCUGAAGCUUGGGCUAGAACAGUCACUUUCCCAGGCAGACUUUCUCAAUAAGCCGAAUGUCGUGGGCCUACAAGCUUUGGCAAUCUAUCUUUCCGCUCUGCGAGUGCACAAUCGAGGCAAAGGGCUUUGGAUCCUCAACGGUUUCGCUAUCCGUAUAGCGCAAUCACUUGGGCUUCACCGCAAUGGGGAACUACUUGGGCUGUCUCCGUUUCUCUCUGAAGUUCGCCGACGACUUUGGUGGAACCUUGUUACCCGCGACAGCCGCUCCAGUGAAGACUAUGGUCUGGAUCAGACUACUACCUUAGGACGCGAUGUCGACAUCCCACUCAACGUAGAUGAUGCUCAGCUAUCCCCAGACUUGAAGUCACUCCCUCCGGAAAAGGCCGGCUGGACGGCCAUGACUUUCUCGCUAGUCCAGAUCGAUCUUGCCCUGGCACGACAGGAGCUUGGAAGUGCUGCAGGCUCUUCUUCGAAUCCACUUCCUGGUGAAGAGAUCCGCAUACAAAUCAUAAAUAAGGCCAAAGCUAGCAUCAUCCAACGAAUAGAGCAUUGCAACGCUGUCGUGCCGUGCCAGCGAAUGACGUCGACCUGCUCGCUCCACCUCCUGAACAAGUUCGACUUCUUCUCAAGGCAACAGUGGUUAGCUCUGCAAAACCGCAGAUGCUUAGAAAACAUUGCUACCGAGGACAGCCUAGUACAGGCACUGGAGAUACUUGAACCUCAACUCUUGGCCGACAACGACCUCUUGUCGCCGUUCAGAUGGGCGAAGAGAGCCUUCCCACAGUACGAUAUAACUAUGUACGUCUUGUGGCAUCUAUGUGUGAAACCGGAAGGGUCACACGUAGAUCGGGCAUGGCGCAUCGUGGAUGAGGUCUUUGCAGCUGAGCACAGCGACAGCCUCGUUGGUGGGGUUGGGUCAAAAGGAGCUGUACUGGCUUCAUUGCGAGCCAAGGCGAUGGCGUUGCGAAAGGGUACAACAACUCCUGUUCCGCAGGAUGGAGGAGUUGAUCUCCCUAAUUCUUUCGAGCUGGAAGUGGAUAACUUCAAUUUCGACAUUAUGGCAAAUGAAUGGCUCGCGCGGACGCCAUGGGGGCAGUACAUCCCAUUCACUCCGUCGGUCGCACUCUAA